UAAGACAGUCUGUGCUCAGAACAAGUGCAUGUUUUGACCCAACAAUGCUCUGUUAAACUCUCUCUAUGUGUCGAGUCUCCGUGGGGCAGAGUUAUCAACAGCUUGCUGCUGCUUCAGAGGAUUAACACUGGCUAAAGGUGGUUAAGCUAGCUUAUAACAACACUGUCAAAGACCAGUUUAAGUGAAAGCUGCCCUGUUCUGCACUCAGAAAUGCAAGUCAAGGACUUAUUGGUGUCUGCUCCAGGGAAGGCGAUCCUCCACGGAGAGCAUGCUGUUGUGCACGGAAAGGUGGCUCUUGCUGUGAGUUUGAACCUGAGAACAUAUUUAAGGUUGAAAGGCACCACGGCAGGCAAUGUUUGCAUCAACCUCCCAAAUAUUGACACAUUCCUCUGCUGGGACCUGUCUGACCUGAAGCAGCUCGUUUCUUACUCCUGUGGUAAGAGUGAGGAGGUGAAACGUCUGGAUGCGGAACUUAUGAAGAGACUGCGUGAAUUUGUUGGUGUCACCAAUGGAAACUUGGAUACUUGCAACAUGGCCACACUAGCCUUCCUCUACAUCUACCUCUCAGUAUUUGGAUCAGGUGAGCUGCCCAGCUUGACGGUGACUGUGUGGUCUGAGCUGCCUACUGGAGCGGGACUCGGGUCAAGUGCCGCCUUCUCAGUGUGUUUAAGUGCAGCUCUGCUCUGUGCAAGUGGAACCAUCCCCGCUCCUCUGAAAGAGUGGGAUCACACUGCCAGGUGGUGUCAGGAGGACCUGGAGCGGAUCAACAGCUGGGCUUUCCAAGGGGAGAUGAUCAUCCAUGGUAAUCCUUCUGGAGUAGACAACGCUGUAGGAACAUGGGGUGGCAUGCUGAGAUUCUUGGCCGGGAAGAUAAUACCACUGAGCAGGGUGCCGUUACUAAGAAUCCUCCUCACUAACACCAAAGUACCACGUAGCACCAAGGUACUUGUUGCCAGGGUGAAGGACAAGAUUAACAAGUUUCCCUCUAUCAUGAACCCGGUGCUUGACUCAGUUGAUGCCAUUUCCUGCACUUGUGAGAAAGUCCUCUCAGAGAUGACCUGUGAGCCCAUCACUGGAGAGCACUACAAUAUUCUAGAGGAGCUCAUGGACAUUAACCAGCAUCAUCUGAAUGUGAUGGGUGUGGGGCACCCUUCCCUGGACACACUGUGCCGGGUCACAUUAACCAAAGGGCUCCAUAGCAAGCUUACCGGUGCAGGGGGAGGAGGCUGUGGCAUCACCCUUCUGAGACCAGAAACGGACUCCUCUGUUGUCCAGACUACGGUGCAGGACUUGAAAGACUGCGGCUUUGACUGCUGGGAAACAAGUAUUGGCGGGCCGGGUGUCCAGCAGCACUCUCCUCUCUCCGUUAAGGAGGAAGUUCUGGAGAUUUUAAACCGUUACUGAGACUGUGGCUGAACAAGAGGACAGCUUGUCUUCUUGUUGCUUUUACCUGAAGUCUGCUCAACUAAUGAAGUGAGAUGAGUGGACCAAGGAACAUUUCACACUGAGCAGAGCUGGACAGAGCUUCCUGAAUAUUUUAUUGGUUUUGAAACUAACAACAAGGCAACUGUGUCUCUAACAAAUAACUGAUAUUAAUUUUGAACUGUGGGGAAAAAAAAUGUGUAUUGAACACUUUGUCCACUAGAUGGCAUCAGAGUUGCACAAAUAUUUUUUAUGAAGUAGGCUUUUAUGGUAAGAGGCUCUGAUAAAUUGAUUAAUAUAUAUAUGUGAAGCACUGGCAGAAUUAAUUUAUAGUUUCAUCAAAAUGAUUAAGGCAGAGGGGCCAACACACCUUAAUGGAUCAGAUGAUUGUCAGUCAUUAAUUUCACUCUUGGCAUUGUAACACGCAAUGUUGUAAGGUAACCGCUAGAAUGAAGGUGAUUAUUUUACAGAGAAAGAGAUGACAGAGAAAAUGUUUGUUAAAUAAAAAAAUUGGGGGGUUCUUUAACAAAACCCAAUGAUUAUUAUUCAGAUUUCAUCAUUCUGCAAAGAGGUUUAUCUAAUUUGACGAUUUACCUUUAACAGAAAAGCAAAUACAAAAUAAUGC